ACAACUACCAGUUCUUCUCUAAGUCUUCAUAAAAAUGGAUCAAUUAUAAAGUCUGAGUUAGAAUUAAUAAAUCUUCAGGAUGAAGAUGUUAAGGAUUAUCCAUGGAUAUCUACUAUAAAUAUCCAUGAGAAAAUAUUUUCUAUUUUGAGAGAAUUUGGACCACAAACAUACGAGUAUAAUGACCCACUGACAAGUUGUAUCAUAGAUACAUCUGAUCCACCUUUUUGGCUUAAAGAUAAUUUCGAUGAUGACACAUGGGACAUGGUUUCAUCAUCACACAAUUCAAAUUUUCAUUCAUCUACCAAUAAGUCAUCUAUUAGCCAAGAAAAUAUGAAGCAGUUGAAGGACCAUUUGUAA